AUGGCCAAAAUGCAGCUUGUUGAUCCAAUACCAUAUUCGUGUGCCCAAGCAUUGCAAGUAAAGUCAUAUGAUUUUUCUUGGUCCAUAGAAGAGCACAGAGAUGGAGCAUUAACAACUUUUCUAAAUUCCUCAGAGCUCAUAUCUCAAGAUCAGCCCAAUUUUCACAGGGCCUCUAAGGCGAUUUCCACCGAGGAAAAGGAAUCGUAUCAUACGUCCACCAUCCAGAAACUCCACUCCUUCGAUCCCUUAGCUGAUGCAAGUCAGAGUGAUGAUCAGCUUCCUGCUGCCACUGAGGAUUAUAUUCAUAUAAGGAUUCAACAAAGAAAUGGCAGGAAGACCCUUACCACUGUCCAAGGGAUCGCUGAUGUUUAUGAUAAAAAUAAACUAGUGAAGGCCUCUAAGAAGAAAUUUGCCUGCAAUGGUACUGUAAUUGAGCAUCUGGAAUAUGAAGAAGUAAUUAAGCUGCAGGAUGACCAGUGCAAGAACAUAUGCCAGUUCCUCAUAGAGACUGGACUGAAUAAGAAUGACCAGAUGAAGGUUCAUGGGUUUUAA